AUGACCGAGGAGUGGAUGAAAAGAAUUCAGGAAGAAAACGCGCACCUAAAAAAUCAAAUCAGGCUACUGAAGGAGAACUAUGAAUUACGCGUAAUGUUGGGUCAGCAGUGUGAGAACAGCAUGCAAGGGCAGUUCUUAGCUUCUCACAUCCCUCCGGGGUAUCCUGAGGCUUGUUCGUUGGCAAAAGGAGGCCAACAUCUUGGAAGAGCAUUUAAAAAAACGGAACUUGAAGUUCAGCAACCGUCAGCCCUGCUUGAGAAUUUUAAUUAUUCCGCAAACGUCACCUCCAAAGAAAACUCGGUUCUGUGUAAUCCCGGCACCCAGAUGCAGCCCAAACAAUUCCACAGUGAUCUUCCUCUUUUCCAGCUCAGAAGUGGGGAGAAGAAAUUACCACCCUUGUCCAGUGUGUCGUGUUCGACGAUCGGUGGGAAACAGUUCGAGGAAUUCACAGACAUCGCAGGGUUUAAGAAAUCUUGGCUCACAGACAGCCCCUUGCCGGGAGGUGACAAAGCGCAGGCCUCGUUCCCCCUUAACAUUGCUUACUACAAGGCUGGAAGAUUACUCGGUUCUAAAGACAUGUCGAAUCACUACCCACCCUGGUCAGAAGAAAUGGCUUCCUCGAGUCCUGCGGGUGCUUCGCACAAGGGCGAUGUCCCCACACAGGCUGCGUUUUCAGAGGACCCCCGACUUCCCAAAGGAGAUUCCUCAACCGGGAUUCCUGCCAGGCAGGCGUAUUCCUUUGGAGGCAGCUCUCUGGAACCAAGGACAGACAAAGCACAGCCUGAAUCGGGAGAGAUGCCCAGGAAGAAGCGCGUCUGGUUCUCCGAUGCACCAGCCAUAGACAGACAGAAGAAGGUCCACACGUUCUACUUAAGUGAUCUCCAGAUUUCUCAAACCAACAAGAAAAAUGGGCGCAUAGUGGGAGAGAUUGCCUUCCAGUUGGAUAGGCGCAUCCUGGCUCAUGUGUUUCCUGGCAUCACACGCCUCUAUGGAUUCACAGUGUCCAACAUUACUGAGAAAAUCAAGCAGAUCUCUAUGAAGUCCCUGGAUGGUUCUGUGGAUGAGAAAAAGUACCAAGUCAUGACCCAGCGCUAUUUAGACCUGAUCGCUCACCUGGAGAAGAUGGGCUACCAUACGGAUAUCCACCCAGCCUUUAGUGAGUUUCUCAUCAACACCUACGGCAUUCUGAAAGAAAGGCCGGACCUGAGUUCUGACCCCAUGCACAACAACCCCGCCGACCUUCGGAAGAUGGUGAUUGACAUUGUGCCACCCAAGUUCCUCGGCGACACCUUACUGCUUUUGAACUGUUUGUGCGAACUUUCCAAAGAAGACAACAAGGUCCUCUUUGCCUGGUAAUGCAAACUGCGACUCUCGCUCCCAGAUCUCUAAAAGGAAUAGAAAAUACACAACAUCUAUCUAAUAAA